AUGGAUGACUCUGCAGUACGAAAGAAGGUUCGCGAUUCCUACAUCGGGACUCGAUCUGGAAGGAGAUCGAGUCGUCGGUGGUCCUUGGGGUGUGGCCGCGAUGCGGUGACGACGACGAGGAGACGUGGGAUGAAGGAUGCGGUGAGCGUGGCGUACACGUGGUCACGGAGAAUUGCUUGGCGGUGUGAUGGCCGGAGACCGGAGCUGAGAAGGAUUUUGGAUUUCUGGGGAAGAGUGGUCGAUGAAAGAAGCUUCGAGAAUUGGAUUUUGGUGGGGCUGCAUCUGAAUUUGGGUUGGAGCGUCAUUGAUUUUUUAAUUGAGUGUUGGGCUGCCUUGAGAAAAAUUGAAUUGGGCCAAGAAGGAAAGGUGGUUGGGCUUUGGGCUGACAAGGGUGAUGAUUUA